AUGGGUUUGACACGAUCCGUCGCUUCUUUCGGGUUGGUGACCGAUCUACUUCAACAACUUAUCGAUGCCGGCGCAGACACUCGCCUGAUUGUGUGUGGGACCAAGGCCGAGUUGCUCAUACAAUUAUCUUGGGCUAUACGGGCACAACAUGCUGAUUCAAAUGCCGCACCGCGCCAUGAUCUGCUCACCAAGACCAUUGGACUACUAGCAAACUCAAGCAGAAUUCAACUGGCGUUCUGUCCAUCUGUCGAAAGUCUCCGAGCAUACCUUGCAGUUCUCAGACCAGUCGAUACUCCACACUAUGAUUCUGAGCCAGAAAGAAGCCGAAGCAACCCGUUGCUCGUCAUCCUCGACAUGGUAGCCUUGCAUGUCCCCACUAUAGAGUUCUCUGCGCAGGGACUGUCGAGGUCAUUUGCAGCUUCGGUCGAGUCUGCUUCACGGGCCAACGUGGACCUGAUGCUCUGCGAGUGUACCAAUGCCGUGGACACUAUGAGCCCCUACUGGGGAGACAAACUAUGGGAUACGCAAGUGCCUCUACUGAACGGCUCAGUCCGUUUGCGCGGCGAAGAAGGGACCUGGGGUGGACGGGGUGUGCCCAUAAAGCAAGUUGCACAACGCUGGUUCGAAUUCGACCGAGGCAUGCAUGAAGAGAUAUGA